CUGCUGUAGACCUGAGAAACAGACCCAGCAGUUUGAACUGUUCCCCGCGAACCGCGCAAUCUACCCUCUCGCCUUCUUCCCCGCGAACCCGAGGCGUUUCGAAACUACCCGAAGAUACUCAGCGAGAGGCCUACAGGGUGAACAAAGGAGUUGGCUACGCAUCAGAUCCCUGGUGGUUCGCUCGUCAGGGCCAGCUGGACCCUUGGUACACAAGUCAGGACACCCGCCAACAGUAUCCUGCCUCCGUUUCACCGAGCAGGAGAGCGAGAUCGAACGAGAUAAUUAAUAGGAUACGGAGCGAGGCAAUGGCGAGCUCGGGCGAUUUCCCCAAGCGCCCCAAAACAUCAAGCUUCCAGUUUGCAUCAACUUUCCAGGGAGAAGACGCCCUCAGGACGGGCGAGUGGGUCCUGAGUCAAGACCCCAAGUAUGAAGGGCAGGAGGCCAGGGUAAGGGUGGAGCGGUGCGACCUAGAGGGGGGCGUUUUCCACGGCGACUAUGGCCUUCUCCUCGACGAGUCCCACAAGCACUACGGGGUGGGGGCGACCCUACCGAAGCCUGUCGACAACACGGGCAAGGACCUCGUGCUGCAGUACGAAGUGCAGGUCCGGGGUGGAGCAAACUGUGGCGGAGCCUACGUCAAGAUGCUCCGAGGGGCCGCGGGAGAAGACAUGACGACACUGAACAAUGACAGCCCUUACUCUAUCAUGUUCGGGCCUGAUAAGUGCUUCCGCGACACCAACAAGGUCCACUUCAUCCUCCAGCACCAGAACCCCAACACCAAUGAGUGGGAGGAGAAGCACUUCGGCAACGCGCCCAAGAUCAAAGAUGACGGGGGCUUCCACGUGUACACCCUGCACAUCAAGAAGGACGACAGCAGCUUCGACCUGUACAUCGACACCGAGAUGAUCUCCUCGGGCAGCCUGCUGGCAGACAUGAAACCGCCGCUGGUUCCGCCGCAAGAGAUCGACGACCCGGAAGAUGAGCAGCCGGAGGAUUGGGUUACGGAGGCCAAGAUCCCAGACCCCUUCGCCGUGAAGCCUGACGACUGGGACGAGGACGCUCCGAAAAAAAUCGUCGAUGAGGAUGCGGAGAUGCCUGAAGGCUGGCUCGAGGAGCAGGAGGAAAUCAUCCCUGAUCCUUCGUCGACCAGACCGGACGAUUGGGACGAUGAGGAAGACGGGGAUUGGGAGCCGACAAUGAUCGUCAACAAAGCCUGCGACGAGGCCCCGGGGUGCGGCAAGUGGGAAAAGCCUCUGAUUGCAAACCCCGCGUACAAGGGGAAGUGGUCCGCACCGAAGAUCGACAACCCGGACUACAAGGGGGAGUGGCAGCCGCGAAAGAUCCCGAACCCGGCUUACUUCGACAUCGAGAGCACGGAACCCUCCCACGUGGACCCUAUCACGGGGAUCGCUGUGGAGAUCUGGACGGUCGACGGGGGCGUGUGGUUGGAUAACUUCGUUAUCGGCCACGACAUCGGAGACGCCCUCAGUCUCGCCGAGCAAACCUGGCGUCCCAAGUUUAAGGCAUUCGAGGCCGUCAAGGCUGCCGAGAAGAAGCAGAAGGAAAGAGAGCGUGCCGCCAAGAGGAGCGAGAGAGGUUCCAACGAGGCGAUCGCCUCGUGGAACUCUAAGAUGAUGACGACGUCCAGGCUACUCGCCGACAAGGCUAGGCCGUACGUCCCCGCCGCCGCCGCCCCAGCCCUCGACGCCGCAGCGGAGAACCCCAUUGCCGUCGUCGGCACGAUGCUGGCCGGGAUGCUGGUCAUGAUCCUGCUGUCAGUCUUCAAGACGCGCAGCCGCAGCAGCAGCAGCAGCAGCAGCAGCAGCAACCGCUCUCGCGCCAAGGCCUCGGCUCCUCCGACCGAAGCAGGCGGUGACAACGAGGGGAGCGGAGACGAAGGCGAAGGCCUGGGGGACGACAACCACAUCAAAGAGGAAGAAGAACAUGAGGAUGAGGAGGAGGAGGAGGAGGAGGAGCAGGAGCAGGAGCAGGAGCAGGAGCAGGAGCAGGAGCAGGAGCAGGAGCAGGAGCAGGAGCAGGAGCAGGAGGGAGAGGGAGAGGAAAAUGGAGAAGACGCGCCCGUCAACAACUGGGACAAAGUCGGGGCCGCGGCAGAUGCACUGGAGGGCGAGGUCGAGGAGCCGGCCCCGAUCUCGUCGACGUGACGGUGUUCACUUCAUGCGGGCGUCUUGCACACGAAAAACAUGGCCGGUGCAGGGACGGCGGUGGGGGCAAGGUGGCCUCGCGUCCAGUUCAAUCGCUCGACAGAGCCAUAUAGCUCAGCAAGCUACCAACAGGGAACAAGAGGUCGGCGGAAUGCGCCAAGAUGCGCUUUCUCACUAUUUCGGAAUCUCUUUUGCAUAUCGCGCUCGAUCGUUUGCGCAGUGACGUUGUCCCGCAUUACCUCUGAUGUGGUACGCGUUAGGGUUUGUGGUCGUCGAUGUUGGUAAGACGAGGGGCGUCUUAUUUAUUUGGCCGGUGUCGGCGCCCCAUUUAUGUAUUCGUUGUUUUCUUGGUCGGGCAGGAAGUGAAAAAGUCCGACGAUGUCAGCUGGCAAAUGGGUGUAGGGAGGGAAACGAGCGAACAGGGAGUGGGUCGCAGUGCAUCGUUGGGAAAAAUAUUGGUGGUUGGCAUGUCAUUGAGAUCACCGCAGGUUUGGGCUAGAGAUAUUUGUAGAUACAUCCAGGCGGCGGCCGCCGCCCUGUGCUCCGCCAGCUGCUGAGCCUCGGGGGGCGGGUAUGUCGUGUGCAUUGUUCGUGCUCUACGUCGUCCGCGUCGCGAUUUUGUUUUUGGUGUUUGUGUUGGCUUGUUGAGAAUUCGUGUUGUCGUCUGUGGGCUCUUGUUGCUCCUCGUCGUCGAAACUCGCACGCACGCAUCGGCGAGGGCGAUAUCGCACAAACUUGACGGCGCAGCGAGGAAAGAGGGGCGAGAACAAUCGAUGGCGGGUGUGUAGCCACCGCUUAGUUGUUUGUUCAUAUUGUUGUUUCAUGGGUGGGAGGCGUCGUGCAGUCGACGGAUAUAUACCACAGCAGUAACACGCGGGACUCGUCAAAAGCCCGCAGAGUAGCGUUGAGCUUUUUCGUUUCGUGUUGCACACGUUGUGGUACAUACAUCGGAUGUGCUCAUUUUUUAUCUGCGGCGGAGUCACGUUGAUUCUUGCAGGAAAUAAGCAGGGUGUCUGUAAAGAGGUAUCGCUGGGGGUAACAUUCAUAUGUUCUUUUUUUCGCUUUUUUCAAAACGCUCUUGUUGGGAGAAUCAACACACAAUACACGGCAAGUUCGAGAAAUGUUUGCAACAGCCCAGCUGCGUUGCAGGACAUGCGGCAUCGCACGCCCCCGGGCGAUGUCGACCAAGAAACGCUUCUCUACAACGAAAAUCUGGCGCCAGAGUUGUACGCUUGGUCCUUCGACGAGCCCCCCAUGCCACUGCUUGAAGCGAGGAUGUGCAUGAUAUGAAUGGUUCCGAUCAGAAGAGGACUCUUUACAGUUUGCUCUUGUAUGCGACGCUUUUUCCUCCUCUCAUGGGACUCGAAGCAUGGGUGUGGUUCCACACUUACAACGGUUUUUGUCCUUGGCAUCGCCUGGGACACAGUGACAGAUGCUCGUUCGUGGUAUGCAUUCGGCGGUCGGGCCCAAGACAGCACAGAUAAGAGAAGCAACAAACAGCAACUCCCCAACGCUUGUACUACACAUAAAAGACCGUUUCAGUACAGCAUGCGUCGGCGAAGGAGAGCGCGGUCGCCAACGCCACGUGAAGCACGCAGAGAGGCCUGUCUUUUCUGAGGGAACCCAUUCACCAGCGUGAAACUGUUGGCGCGCGCGAGCAGCCACAAGGGCCGCAGAAACCAUCUCCAGACCCAUCAUGCGAUCGUGAAACCCACCCGGUGCUCGCAGCAAUUGCGGACCUCAUCGUUUCGUUCACUCGUAACGCGUUCAUUCGAGAACCAAAAGGAAGUACAACUUUCAUCAUGAUAGAUGAGCGUUUUUCUUGAGCGUGUUCGAGACACCGUGAACCCGUGUAUGCCGCCUGGACCACCGUAAGAGAAAUCUUUCAUGAACGUCACCCCCCUUCUCUUCGAGCGAUAUUUCCCCGAAACACCAGCGGAGGCCCCCCCAAACCCCCCAACACACGUGCAGAUACCAGGCCGGCCAGGCACGCUGGACGUAACCUGAACACGCUGGCCCGCGGCCCCGAAGUGGCACCCACCACAUGCGGUUUUCUAUUUUACAGCCAAUACCCGGAGGAUUUGGUCCUAGUACCCGUCCGCGCGCUCCGCUCUUACAACAACCUCCCCAAGCGCUACAUACACAUAUGAUGUGGGAUUACUCCCCACCUUUCCCCAUGCGUGGUCCCAAAGCUUCAAGUGCUUCCGUAUGAGGUAGCCGUGGACAGGGGGGCGAACAAGACACCUAGCAAUACCCAGCACGCACGUGACCACGCAGACUGGAACAAGUAGGGCAGCGAGAAGAACGCGAGUCAUCGUAGGUUCGGUCGCCGCAUUCCCGUGCUCAGCAUCGCGCAGGCAUGACAGCAUCAUAGCAUCAUGACUUCGUGGCAAUUACUAGCGACGAUGACACCCGUUACAUAGAUGCUACUCGAGGGCCUGGUUGCAGCAGCAGCGGCAGC